AUGGCAGAGACCGCGCCAGCAGCCGCCGCUCCUCCUCCCGCCGAAGCGGCCGCCAAGUCCAAGAGGCAGCCGAAGAAAUCCGCCGCUGCAGGGGGCGCCAAGAAAAGCAAGAAGCCGUCCGGUCCCAGCGUGUCCGAGCUCCUCGUCACAGCCGUGUCCGCCUCCAAGGAGCGCAGCGGGGUGUCUCUGGCCGCCCUGAAGAAGGCUCUGGCUGCAGGAGGGUGCGAUGUGGAGAAGAAUAAUAGCCGCAUCAAGGUGGCCAUCAGGGCUCUGGUCACCAAGGGGACCCUCACCCAGGUGAAGGGCAGCGGCGCCUCCGGCUCCUUCAAGCUCAACAAGAAGCAGCAGGAGACCAAGGACAAGGCGGCCAAGAAGAAGCCGGCGGCCAAGAAACCUGCAGCUACUGCGGCCAAGAAACCCGCUAAAUCCCCGAAGAAGCCCAAGAAGGCUCCGGCCAAGAGCCCGAAAAAGACCAAGAAACCAGACGCGGCCAAGAAAGCAGCCAAGAAGCCGAAGGCUGCCCCCAAGCCCAAGAAGCUGGCCAAGAGUCCGGCUAAGAAGGCGGCCAAACCCAAGGCUGCCAAGAGUCCGGCUAAGAAAGCGGCGAAAGCCAAGAAGAGCGCGGCCAAGAAACCGAGAGCAGCAAGCCGGCCAAGAGCAAGUGAGCCCGGCUCUGCCCCGCCCCAAACCAAAGGCUCUUCUAAGAGCCCCCCACAUGGUCUGUACGACUGAGCUGGCGAUGCCGCUGAUCUCCGCUGUGGAGGCGUCACACAGGGGCACUUACCGCUCCUGA